CUAGCGCGUAUUGUCGUAAAGAUGCAUACCUGGCUCGCGCAUGUGUUUGUUUUGGGGAUGAAUGAAACAACAAGACGGGAAAACUUUGCCCCCGCUCCUAUCGGGGAUCCCAGCUCACCUCUGCCGCGCCCCAGCUCCACCUCUCCGGCGUAAGCGCCACUGCCGCCGGGGUAAACGCAGCGGUCGGCUGGUAAGGCUGAAGGCCUGUUUGGCGAGCACUUCCACGGCUUCUUGGACUGAGUAUGGAGCGGUGCCUCGCCUCUUUAUUUCUCGGCACUCGCUGGACCCUGUCGACGCCUGGCUGGUACCUGUCGUCGGCCCGGAUGAGGUGUUCCAGCCCCGCGGCCCCUGCUCUCCUCGUCCCCGCUGGCGCGGGGUGAAUCUGCGCAACCUGCGGCCUCUGUGUGUGGCUCCCCGGACAGCUAACGCCGUGGACCCGCCGGCUCCUGCCAGGAUUGGGCUGGUAAAUGCUAGAUCGCUAGCGAACAAAACGUUUAUCCUGAAGGAUUUCCUGACUUCCCGAGGAUUGGAUUUUCUCUGUGUGACUGAGACGUGGCUGACUGUUGGUGAGUCCAGUGCUUUCACAGAACUUUUACCCGAUGAUUGCUGCUAUUUUAACUCCCCGCGGACGUCGGGUCGAGGAGGAGGAAUAGCGACUAUUUAUAAGAGUCACUAUAAAUGUAAGCAGCUAGGCUUCAUCCUGGAAGCGACCUGGGACAGACCCGGACACAGUUUCCUAAAGAACCACACACAUACACACUUGUUGUGAACCUCCUGCAUUGAAAAUUAAAGUAUCCUCUCGAACCUGAUUCUCUGGCCGGAAUCAUUUGCUCCAUAGUUGUCCUAUCCAAACCAGUGUGUCCCUGAGGUCCCCUUCCUCACAUCGCCCAAGCUGUGAGUUGCACAUGUGCGUGUGUGUGCGCUGCUGAGGUUACACGAUGUCAAUCAUGCGGCGCACCUGGAAUUUUACCGGCGUUUUAAAUCGGCAUAUUUUAGACUGA